UUGGUUUAUUUUGAAACUAGCUCUGGUUGCAUACAAAGUAUCGAUACUUUGUUGGCGCAUCAUCACAAAAACAAUUGCUGCAAUAACAACAAUAAUCCACGUGAAAAGGACAAACUUCAGGCGAUAUUUAUAAAUUAUCUCCGCAUGUCAGCUCUAAAAAACCAGGAUUAUGACUGCACCGCCAAGUGCCGUCGUCGCCAGCACGGCAAUUGCAUUACUGCGGCGCUCACAAAACGUUCUAUUGACGAUCAACACUUGGCGGCUUUCGUUGCAAAAUCGUGUGCCAAUUUUAGCAAUAUUCAUGAUUAUCUGGGUCGCUCCGCCGUCCACAUGAGCGCAUCUGUCGCCCGCUAUAAAAUACUCGAAUGGCUCUUGAACCACGGCGCCAACGUCAACGAGCGCGACUACGAAUCGGGCAGCAGUCCGUUGCACCGGGCUCUGUAUUAUGGCUGCAUUGAUUGUGCCGUGCUAUUGUUGCGCUAUGGCGCCAGCCUGGAGCUGCUGGAUGAGGACACCCGCUGUCCGUUGCAGGCCAUUUGCAGGAAGUGUGACCUGGAUCCCAGCUCUGACUCGCAAAAUGAGACACUCGUUUGGGGCUCGAAUAAGAAUUAUAAUCUGGGCAUUGGCAAUGAACAGAAUACGAAUGCACCGCAGGCGGUGGAUUUCUUUCGCAAGUCGAAUAUUUGGAUCGAGCACGUUGCCCUGGGCGCCUAUCACAGUCUCUUCUGCGACAAGAAGGGCCACCUGUAUGCCGUGGGACAUGGCAAGGGCGGUCGGCUCGGUAUCGGUGUGGAGAACAGUCUGCCGGCACCGAAGCGCGUGAAGGUGCCACUGAAGCAAUCUGAUGAGCGCAUCAUCUGCAUCAGUGUGUCUCGGCAGCAUUCGCUGGUCCUCACCAAUCGCUCGCUCGUCUUUGCCUGCGGCGUCAACGACAAUCAGCAGCUGGGCGUACGGGAUGCGGGCGAGCAGUUGACCACUUUCAAGGAAGUGGUCUCGUUGCGCGACAAGAACGCCACUGGUCUGCUGCGGGUGAUUGCCUGCGAUCAGCACUCCAUUGCCUACAGCUCCAAAUGCAUUUAUGUGUGGGGUGCCAAUCAGGGACAGUUUGGCAUCAGCGCCAAUACCAAGACAAUUGUGUCACCCACACAGAUGAAGCUGGCGGAGCGCACACACAUCCGCUUUGUGGAGGCCAACAAUGCAGCCACCGUGGUCUAUACCGAAGAGAAGCUCAUACUGCUCUUCUACGCGGACAGGCCCCGAACCAUAAAGACGCCCAACUAUGAGGAUCUCAAGAGCAUUGCGGUGAUGGGCGGCAAUCUGAAGAACUCUGCAAAAGGCUCGGCAGCUGCUCUCAAACUAAUGAUGCUAACCGAAACAAAUGUGGUAUUUCUCUGGUACGAGAAUACACAGCAGUUCUACAGAUGCAACUUUGCGCCCAUACGCAUGCCGGAGAUCAAGCGCAUCCUCUACAAAUGCAACCAGGUGCUGGUGCUCUCCAUGGAUGGCUGCGUCUAUCGCGGCAAGUGCAAUCAGCUGGCGUUGCCAGCUGGAGGUGCGCAGGAUAAGCCCAAGGCCAACGUGGACAUCUGGCAGAAUAACGAUCAAAAUCGCACCGAAAUCUCGCGAGAGCAUUACGUACGCAUCGAUCUGCAGCGUGUGCCCAAUAUUGAUCGAGCCGUGGACAUUGUUUGCGAUGAGAGCUUCGCUUCGUUUGCCGUGCUCCAGGAGUCGCACAUGAAGUACUUUCGUAAGCCAACACUGCCGCGCAGGGAGCACAGUUUUAAGAAACUCUACCACGACACCAGCGACGCGGACGCCGUGCACGAUAUAAUCUUCCAUGUGGAUGGCGAGAUCUUUGCGGCGCACAAGUUUAUCAUCUUCAAUCGGGCAGCCGGACUGCGCGAACUAGUGCGCCUUUAUCUAGACAAAGAUAUCUAUCUGAAUUUUGAGAAUUUGACGGGAAAAAUGUUUGAGCUGGUCCUCAAGCACAUCUACACCAACUACUGGCCCACAGAGGAUGAUAUCGAUUGCAUGCAGCAAAGUCUCGGUCCCAAGAAUCCCCAGAAGCGUAGUCGCGUCUGCGAAAUGUUUCACACACACCUGCAAAAGUUUCAGCUGCACGAUCUGGCCAAAUAUGUGCAAAACUAUAUCACCGAACAACAGUUGCCACUGCCUGGAAGACAACGAUUUAAUCGACUGCAUCGCUCGGACUAUCCUGAACUCUGCGAUGUGCGCAUCGUUUGCGAGGAUGGUGAAGUGCUGGAGGCGCACAAAUGCAUUUUGGUGGCGCGUCUCGAAUACUUUGAGAUGAUGUUCAUGCACUCCUGGGCCGAGCGCACCACCGUCACUUUUGACGGAGUGCCAGCUGAGUAUAUGGAGCCAGUGCUCGAUUAUCUGUAUAGCCUGGACACGGAGGCAUUUUGCAAACAAAACUAUACGGAAACGUUCCUGUACAAUAUGAUUACGCUAUGCGAUCAAUAUUUUAUUGAGUCGCUGCAGAACGUAUGUGAAUCCUUAAUACUGGACAAGAUUAGCAUACGCAAAUGCGGCGAGAUGCUCGACUUUGCUGUCAUGUACAACUGCAAGCUGUUGCAGCAGGGCUGCCUGGAUUUCAUUUGCCAGAAUCUGGCGCGUGUGCUCAGCUAUCGCAGCAUCGAGCAGUGUGAAGCGGGCACCUUAAAGCACCUUAAUGAGCAUUAUAGAAAGAUGUUUCAAUCGGUGUUUGAUUACCGACAGAUAACGCCCUUCUCCGAGGCCAUUGAGGAUGAGCUCUUGUUCAGCUUUGUCGACGGCUGCGAAGUCGAUUUGGAUUAUCGCAUGGGCGCGGAUGCCAAGCUAAAGGAGGCUGCCAAGCACAAGCAAAAGGAGCUGCACAAUAAGCAGGAUGCACGGCAUUAUGAGCAGCAGGCAAUAUCGAGCAUGAUGCGUUCGAUAAGCAUUAGCGAACCAUCAGUUGAUCCGGCAACUGCUGCUCAGGGCAGUUCGCCAAAUGAGGCUAAGAACUGGUCGCGAGUCGUCGAUAAAAAGGAGCAGAAGCGCAAGCUAGCCGAGACGGCAUUAAAAGUUAACAAUGUGCUCAAACAGGAGGAGCAGCCAUCCCCAGAGCUAAACGUGCUGUCGCCACGCUCUUUUACAGAGCGUACUCCCAUUAAGGAGACAACGCCACCACUGCCACCAACCAGUCCCACCGAGUGCAGCACACCACUAAGCAAAAGCUACAAUUUAGAUUUAAGCAAUCUUGUGCCACAGUCACAGAAGCUCUCGCAGAAGCAGCGCAAACGUCUCUCCUCCGAGUCGCAUAGUUGGCGCGCCAAUAACUCCGCACCCUUGGAGUUGAACAGCACGCCCCUGGUAGUGCCCAAUGCUUGGGGCGUGACAGCCCACAGUUCGCCCACAACAUAUGCGGAGCCUUUUAGCUCACCGCCUGCCACCGGCAGCAUCUCGGACCCCACCUCUUUUGCCAAUAUGAUGCGUGGACAAACGCAGGCACAGGCGACGACAGCCAUUAGCGCCGAUCAGGCCAACAGUUUCUCCAAGAUCCUGGCCGAUGAGCGGCGUCAACGCGAGUCCUACGAGCGAAUGCGCAACAAGUCGCUGGUGCACACCCAAAUCGAGGAGACGGCCAUUGCGGAGCUGCGCGAAUUCUACAACGUGGACAACAUUGACGACGAGACAGUCACCAUUGAGCGCAAGUCGAGGCCAAGCAAUAUGAACUUUAGCACCUGGUUAAAGCAUUGAGAUUACGUGAAACCAAUUCUUGCUAUUACAUUUAUUUAUGUCCGUCUGUCUCUGUGUGUGUGUGUGUGUGUGUGUAUGUGUGUUUCUGUGUGUGAGAGUGUGUUAGCGUUUGUAACUUAUGUCAAUAUCAAAAUAAGGACGUGACGUAGCCAGGCGCUUAGAAAUCGCAUCAGAUGUAAAACUCGGAGCCACCUGCAAAGGUGCAUUAAGAAUUCAAAAUUCAUGACUGGAAAUAAAUAAUAAUAUUGAUUGGACGGCACAUAAGCGAGAACAUAACAUCAGCAUCCUGUUCUUUGCAGAGGCUAACAGUAAUAAUAAUAAUAAGUCGGACUUGCCCGUUCAAGAUGCCUAUAUCAAAAAAAUAUGCUGCUAUAUGAAAAACUGUUUCUGAAAUAAUCUUGAUCAAAUUCACAGAGGCUUGACAAAAUCGGACUACUUUAUCAUUUAGCUGUUUUAUAACCGAUCGAUUAAAAUUCGAGUUUUGCAUGAAGAAAACAUAUAUCAAGAUAUCUUAAUAUUGGUUGGUAAAAGGUCUACUUUGGUCGACUUUAUAUUUUACAGCUGCCAUAGGAUUAAGUUAAAAGUUUUUAGAUUUAUGUCUGCAAGAACAUUUAGAAUAAAACACACUAGUUUUUUCUAUGCUAAACCUUAGAAAGCAUUCAGUUGUCUUUACCCACAUCACAUCACAUGAGGCACAUUAAUAGCCAGUUGUACGAAACCAGAACCACAGAUAUAGUAACAAUUUUUAUUAUAAUGCAUAUACGUAUUGAUAUUUACAAGCUUGGCGACACACGCAUAGCAGAUGAGGCAACAAAACACAUGACGAAUAAAUAGAAAUCGAAAACUUAAUUAAAUAAAAGAAACCCAAAACCUAUUUGAUUGACAUGAAUGA